AUGGAAGACAAUAAUACCCCAGUGCUUGUUAAAAAUGGAGUUGAAGCUUUUACUGACUACGACAAAGCUAAUAUGCUGGCAGACCAAUUUGAACAGGUUCACAACAUAGAUCUAGUUAAUAAUACAUGUGAGCAAGAAAACAUAAUAAAACAGGUAAAGAAAUAUCUAGAAGAAACUGAUAAUGAUAAUGAAAAUUGGGAUAAAUUUAUAACAUCACCACUCAUCACCUUUGCCAAGAAGUCAAAUAAUAAAAAAAUAUUCCAGCCAAUAAAAGUAUACAAUCACAGCAUAGAACCAGCAAAUACAGUUAAAUAUUUAGGCGUUCAUCUAGAUUCCAGACUGACAUACCACACUCACAUCAAACAAGCAAUCAGAAAAGCCUUUAUAGUACAAAAAAAAAAGUGUAUCCCUUAA